AUGCAAAAACGUCAUUCCGGCUCCUCAAACACUACCACGGACCUGACCUCGUUUCCUUCGCUUUCACCGCCAGACAAAUCUCCUACCCUUGCACGUGGCUUGACGAAUACAUUGCUCUCGGGGGCAGAUGGAGACGAUGAUAAUGGAGGCAAUUUCGGUCGAGGACGGAAGGCCACUUUGGCAAACUUGACCAGCAAUCCGUCACACAAAUCUGGACGUGCCGCUCUGUUCGCUGAUUCAGUCCCAACACAUGACAUUCCAGGCGCCUUGCACCUUGCAGACGAUGCGCAUAUUGAGAGGCUCAUUUCUGGUACCGGAGCCACGAAAAUGGUCCGACAAUUUGCUCGUGAUUUGGCUCAGCGAGAUGCUGAAAUAUCGGCCCUGCGUCAACGCGCCGAUGCAAGGGAACGAGAGCUAAAGCGGAUGCUGCGGGAAGUCUCAGUGUCCAACCAGGAUAUCGAGCGCCGGUUGUAUCAGCUGGAAAACUCUCCAUGUGAUCGCGCCUCCGAUGCAGAAAGCACCCACAGUAGCGAACACGCCGGGCACACUUCUUCUGGGUUGAAUGGACUCAUGUCUCAGGCCAUGGAGGACACUGUGGGCUCUCGGCCGUUCAGCGAAACCGAGCCCCAGGCGACAAUUCGUCCCCAGCGGGCGAACACAGAUACUAUAGGGAGCGGAGGCAUCGACAACCGGAAACGCCAAAGCUCUAUUCGAGGCUGGCAGGAGUACCUCUUUGGCUCCACCAACACAAGCCGCAAAACUAGCCGUGCUAGCAGUAUCAUGAGUGAUGUUGGAGAGACUGAAGAGGAAGAGGCUGAGCGACUUCGCAUGCCUGUCAAUCCUGCAAUGCGCCGGAAGGCUCUUGAUGAGCAGCUUUUCCAACCACCUGAUGCUUCACCCCAGAAAGGACCAGCAAAGCGUAUCGCGAGCACGUCCACCAAUGGCGACAGUGCCAGUGUCCAUUCUCGCAAAUCAUCACGGUCCCUUGGUUCUUGGACAGUCAAGUUGUUUGCAGGCAACUCCCAGGCUGGAAAAGAUGGAAGCGAUUCUGAGUCUGUUCACAGCAAGACCCAGCCUCAACGACCAGACGGAGACAAGAGUGCCUCGUCAACUCUCUCUGGAAACUCCAAGGGCGGCUUGUCAGCAGUGGCUGCAUUGAAAAGAAUCAACAGCAAGGCCAGUCUGCCUAACUCCACGGUACGCUCUGCCAGCGGAUCCAGUGCUCAAGGCAGGAUGGGCCCCCCUGCUACGCGACGCACUGCAGCCGGUAGUGUGUCACAAGGCGCAGCUUCGGAGACCACCGAUCAAAGCUCCACAAACCUUGGACCUGUUGAGAUGGAUGCCAUUCUCCCUAUGGAGUCGAAGCCUCCGACGCUCACUCCCAUUUAUAACAACGCUUACCCAGGCGAAUUUCUGACCGACAGGUUCGGCUUCAUAUAUGAUCAGCGCAGGAAAAAGCGUCAGAGAGAAGCCACCGCUGCCAAGAGCAGCAAUCACCGAUUGAGUAUCACCGAAACUCUUGGUACUCUCCGGACCGAUUCUUCGGACCCGGAGGAUGACACCCAAUCGUCAACGCCGGCCCCAGACACAUUGCGUUCCCUCCCUGGCUCGCCGGAUGACCCUGAAAGCGGAGCUCUUGCCAUUAAUCGCUGGCAAGAUUAUCUCAGGAUCCCGACCCGUCCCACCGAGCUUUUAUCCCACACUCCUUCCGCCGGCCCAAUCGUCUCCCUGACUACCGCGGGUGAAAAUCGCUCUCAUAGCUCUUCGGUUUCAGUCGACAAAGACGGUGCGCUGGCCGUCGGGUCUAGCGCACAACCAUCAGCUUCUACAUCUUCAGUCACUGCCAACAGACCCGAAUUUUCCGGUAUAUCCUCUGAUCAGCCCAGAGACACAGCCCCUAGGUUCACUGCUGCAGAGAUAGAGCCAGUGAAGCUGCUGCUGGAGCAGUUGACCGACCUCCACGACUCAUUGCAGCGUGACCGAACCGUACGAUGGAACGAGUUCUUGCGUAAAGUUCGUGCCGAACGCAGGAAGGAAGGCGAGGCGGCAGCGGCAGUAUCCGAUCGCUCUGUGGCUGCGUUCGCUACGCCUGAGACUUCUCUCGCCGAUGGCGAAGUUGUAGGUAUCGCUGGGCUGGGCAACAAGGGGAAGGUCGGGCGAGCCAAAUGGCGGGAAUUCAGACUGCUUGUUCUCGGUGGUGUCCCAGUUGCUCUUCGUGCCAAAAUCUGGUCGGAGUGCAGCGGGGCUUCAGGGAUGCGGAUUCCUGGAUAUUAUGAUGACCUUGUUCAUGGUGUUGGUGGUUCUGACCCCGACUCUUCUGUUGUUGCACAAAUCGACAUGGAUAUCAAUCGAACUCUGACCGACAAUGUCUUCUUCCGCAAGGGGCCUGGCGUCGACAAAUUGAAGGAGGUGCUCCUUGCGUACUCGCGUCGCAACUCGGAGGUUGGCUACUGCCAAGGCAUGAAUUUGAUUGCGGGCUCUUUGCUGCUGAUCAUGCCUACUGCAGAGGAUGUGUUUUGGAUCUUGACGUCCAUGAUUGAGAUCAUCCUGCCUCAUCAUUAUUACGACCAUGGCUUGCUGGCCUCACGUGCCGACCAGGUCGUCUUACGCCAGUACAUCUCGGAGCUACUACCUAAGCUCUCUGCACAUUUGGAGGAUUUGGGAAUCGAGCUGGAAGCGCUGACCUUCCAAUGGUUCCUUUCUGUUUUCACAGAUUGUCUCUCGGCAGAGGCGCUAUAUCGGGUAUGGGACGUAGUUCUGUGUCUCAAUGUGACUGGUGCAGCCAACGGUUCUGGGCCCAAUGGUCUUGCUGCCAAGGAGAACGACAAGGCUACAAAGACCGGAGUCACUGAAGAUGUCGCCUCUGGCAGUGGCGGAGGAAGCACAUUCCUCUUUCAGGUUGCUCUUGCGCUGCUUAAGCUCAACGAGCAGCAAUUGUUGACAACCUGCUCAACGCCAGCUGCCCUCUACACUUAUAUCAACCACCAAAUGACCAACCAUGCGAUUAGCAUCGAUGGCCUCAUUCAAGCAAGCGAAGCACUGCGCAACGUGGUACGCCGUGAAGAUGUCGUUGCUCGCCGAGCUGUCGCCCUCCAGGAAAUGCGAAAUUUGAGCAGCGGUGCAAGCAUCUAA